AUGUUUGAGACAAUCCCUCACCCUACGUUUGUUGAUCUAACAAACGAUGAAGAAGAGGAGGUAAGUUGCAUUUUCGCCUCAUAACAAAUUACUGUAAAGUAAACUUGCCCUGUCUAAUAUACAAAUAUAGACAAAUACUUCUUGACAUAUGCAAUCUUAAAACAUAUGUGAUAUGUCUGUUAACUAUAGAUUUACUUUUCUUUUUAGCAACCGAAAUCGCCUGUUAGUUUUAGUGGUAUUGGAGAAGAACGGCAUCUUCAUAUCGAUGUAAAUUCUAUAAAUCCUGCCUCUUCCAAAGAAGAUCAUGACCGUAGCAGGUCAGAUAGACUUAUUUUGCAUGUAUUACUGAUAUUUUUUAUCCUGUCCAUCUAUAUACUUGCAUUUGGGGUAUGAGGCAAACAUGAUGAAAUGAUAUGCCAACCCAAACUUCCAUUAUUGCAAAUAACCGAAACCUUCAUGAUGAUCAACCGUGUGCAACCCAGAAUUGACAAUUGAAACUGUAUUUAGUUUAUGAAACUGUUUUAAUGUUGAAACAAAAAUUGUUUAAGAGAUAUUUCAUGCGAGCAUCUAAUAAUAUAAAUAUUAUUUCUUAUUAUUAAAUGGCUCCACUCAUAUAUAACGCAUGAAUUCAUGAAGACUCUAAACAAUUCUUAAGCAGUUCCUUUACAACUUGGAUCGCAUUUUCGAUUAUAUUAUUGAAAACUUUAUAUAGUUGUGGGAAAUUUUAGAGUGAAAAAUAUGUAAAUAACUUUAACCAAUGUAUAUACUCACGGACAUAACCGUUUGCAGUAACGAAAUGUGCAUAUCUGCAAAAAUAGAAGACGCCGCCUUCACGCAAUCGCACGGUGGUUAUUCUCUGGCUACUGAGCAACAUAAUUCCAUACUCUAAUCGAAUUUGAAACUGCCAUCUAUACCAAAAUCUCCAACAUAAUGCGCUCUAUAUAUACCUUUCCGAUAAUUACGUCGCGACUGACACUGUUUCAACUUAGGACCACCUUAAAUGGAAUAGAUUUCAACUUUGUUUCUCACGGGUUAUGGUCAGAGAAGCAGAACAUCUUUCGUCGACACAUGGAUAAAAAGAAUUUUGGACAUUGACUAUGAAAUGUGGAAAAAAGCUUAAACACGAAAACGAGGCUGAGGGGCCAAGACACCUCUUGAAACAAACUUAAAAUCCAUUCCGUUUAAGGUGGUCCUAACUCCUAAGUUGAAAACAGUGUUAGUCGUGACGUAAUUACCGGAAAAGUCCAUUGAACAAGGUGCUCAAAAUUUCGUGUAGCCUGUAAAUAAUGUUUGUGGCCACUGAUGGUCAAUAUUUGUUGAUCCGUAUAGUCGGCGUAUAUCAUUAUGAUAGUCAAAAAUGAUUGCAUCACGAUUCAUAAAAUUAGAACAGACCACGGAGCUUUGUCAGAAAAAUAGAAGGUGUAUUGUAUGUAAUGAUAAAUUCUUAUUUUUUGUUUAGUUUUGGGGAUGGCACAUCUUAUGGAGAAACUUCUUCUAGCAGCGAGGAUCUGCCGUCGUUAGAAACUAUCUUGUAAGUACAGCCUGUUCUGUUCAUACUAUAUCAUUUUAGAAGAAAAAAACAGGAGAAAGAUCGCACUGAUUCAAUAGUUUCGUUUAAACUGACACAAUGUUUUUAUUUCAACAACAAGAUCGAGUCAGGGAAUUCAGAAAAGAAAAAGAUCAAACGACAAUGGAAAUGAGCGUAAACGAGUACCAGGGAACAAAGAAAUAGAUUCGAAGGACCCCGGAAAGGAUACAAGUGAAGAAAGCGAGGAAGAAACAGAAUUCUACGGUGGAAAUGUGGCAUUUCCUGUAUAUUCAAAGUCGAGAAACGUUCUUCCUGCAAAAGAAGCUCUAACGCUUUUAACUGAGAAAGGAGCAUUUUCCCUCUCUAGAGUAUGCCAUCGCCAACCACUACAUGUUCAGCAUCAUCGAACUUUUAUUGUUGAUAUAUCUUCCCUGCGAUCACCGAAUGAUAUUAAAUGCGAUGACAUGGGCUCUUGGCGUAACCACAGCUCGAACAAGCGUACCUAUAAUGUGACAUGGGACGACGAAGGGCGGAUUGAAAUGAUGACGACAUCAGAAAGAAGAAGCAAAAACAACAAGGUGGUAACCCUGAAAAGAGAGUACUUCAGUUUAAACCAUGACGUCCACGAUGAUGUACGAAAGCGAAUCGAUACAAUCAUUGGUAAGUAAACCUGUGUUAUAAAUAAGGCGAAUCUUUCCUCGUAGAAGUGACUCAAAAACUAAAAACGCUAAAGUGAUUGGUUAGCGCUAUUUUUACGAUCCGUGUCGUGCGAAUAUGAACGAAUAAAUCAACGUAAUAGAAAACAGGCUUAAUUAACGAUCACCAGUGAAUCAUAAAGUUUGACACGUUAGUUGCUGUUUAUAAAGAAAUGAAACGGAUAAUGUUGGUGGUCACCUGAUGUGACUCCGAUCAUUAAUACGCGAAUAGUUAAUAUAUUUUGAAAACAUUUCUGUAAUUGUUGAUAUCCUGUAACCACGGGAUAAAAAAUUUGCCAUACGCAUGAUUUAAACUAUAACCGAACGCUGCGAAUACAGUAUGACGCUCUAAACCAGAGGGCCUUUAGUUGCAUUUUUCGCAACUGCUCCUGGUUAGGCUUAGAAAAUUAAUACAUGUGAACCUGCAUUUCCAUCUACAAAACCCUUUUACCAUUAGUUAAAAUGAGUGUAGAUACUGAUACCCAAAAUCCAGAUAUUUAGCCUGUGUAAGAACUGAAUCAUGCUAGCUGUAAUACCGGCUGUGAACAUUCGUGCUAUGCAUGCAUUGCUUGUCUUGCCGACUUUCCAACAGCUCUAGCUAAUUCUGAUUGGUCAUGAGUGAACGUAUUGGACUAUGAUUGGCUGGGCUUAAAUAUCAACAAAUUUGGACUUGGAUUUUCAAAAUCGAAAUAAUAUUUCAAACACAAUUCAAUAUUUAAUAUUUGAAUAUUUAAUAUUUCAAGCAAGGUACGUUUUAAGCUAUAUAUAAUGAGAAUUUAAAUAUAGUUCUAAAUAAUCUUUCUAUACUGUACUUUUGGAAUGGAAAAAUAGGCAAAAAAUAUAAUUUUAAAGGAAAAUAGUAGUUUUGACACAAUAUUACUCAAUUGUGAUGUUACUCUGAGUGUAUAUUCACACCGGGCAAGCUUGAAAAAUAUGCCUGGCGACGGUGGGAAUCGAACCUACGACUCAGAGCAACAUCGACUCAGAGCAACAUGCCAACAUCACAAACAUUAUAUUCACCUAGAAAAAAUUAUCGUUUAUUUCAGGCCCAGAUAAUCAGCUUCACCGUUAUUGCAUAGUGCAGUACUCAUUUAAAGGCGGAGUGGAGCAUCCCGUGGAACCUGCACCGCAUGGCAAUUCUGGGAAAAAGGAUACCCACCAGUAUGUGCGAACCUGGGAAAGCACGAAGAGAGAUCUUAGAGAGGAAAGUGAUGGGAAAUACCCACGUGAGGCAAUUCACGGCGUCCUAAACAAAGCCAUGGGUGGCAUACAAAGCUGCGUAAGUUUAGGACAGAUUCCACGAAAUAGGCAGCAGGCGAAGGAUCUAAAGCGAAAUGGUACUACGCCAAAUAACAGUAGUGGCUUGAAGAACAUUUCAGGACAGGGUAAAUUAAAUGACCCGUGGUAUUGUUUAUUGAACGAGUCCAAAUUACAGGCAAGAAAUAAGAGCACCGCCUUCAUCCGUGAUGUAAGAGUUGGAGCAGAACCGUUGUGUGUUCUUGCUAGUGAAAGGCAACUGAACGAUCUACAACGGUUUUGCUGCAAUUUACACCAAUUCCAGCCACUAACCGUCGAUCCAACAUUUAAUAUUGGAAAAUUUAAUGUGACACCUAUCUCUUAUCAGAACCUGGUAAUACAAACGAAAGACAAAAACACCCUACUCUGAUUGGCCCGGUAUUGAUUCAUGAAAAAAAGACCAAAGAAACGUACUCUUUGUUCUGUGGUGUUUUGAAAACACUAAAGCCAGAACUAAACGACCUUCUUGCAUUUGGCACCGAUGACGAAGAAGCACUUGGCAAUGCAUUUAAUGAAAACUUCCAACGUACAACCCAUCUUCUAUGUAACAACCACAUGCUGAAGAAUGUUGAAAGUCGAUUGGUAGAAAUGGACAUAACCGGAAAAGUAAAGCAAGAUAUAAUUUAUGACAUAUUUGGUCGCCAGAAUGAUGAGGUGUUCGAGAGUGGUCUUUGCGAUGCCGACAAUGCCGUGGAAUUUGAGAAGAAAAUGCUCAUUUUAAAAACAAAGUGGGCGUCCAAUCACAAAAAUGGAAAAAAGUUCCACAAGUGGUUUCAAAAAAACAAGAGCAAAAAAUUUGUUAACCAUGUUAUAGCUCCAGUACGCCAGAGAGCUGGCCUUGGUUGCCCUCCUGGGAAAUUUACCACAAACCGGUCCGAGCGCACAAACGGCGUCAUUCAAGAUUACGUGAAACGAAAACACGGACACCGCCUUGUUAACGUAUUCACUUUUGCAAUCAUGAUGAAAGAGCUCGUUGAUAUGCAGGAAAAAGAAGUUGAACUAGCUGUGGUGGACAGAGGGGAAUACACUCUACAUCCUGCCUUCGAAAGGCUGAGAGUAGCAGCCAGUCAAUGGGCGCAGAUGUCGUACGACCAGCAGCAGACGGCUUUGAGCAAGAUCCACUCCUGUAGUGUUGAAGAUGUCUCUCGCACUGAUGUGUCAACCAUUACAGCAGCAGUGUCUGAAGUAUCAAACCCGAUCUUGAAGGCCAUACUAGAUGCAGGGGUUGAUUGGAUACCCCGAGACUCCUUGGCUUUGACAGCAGACAAGGCUGCCAAGUUGGGUAAUGAUGGAGCAACUGUUGCUUUACCGAGUGUUGGUACAAUUGAUACGUUCAUUGUGCCAUCAAAAUCCGAUCCAAAGAAGCCCCACAUAGUAAAUAUUCAUCCAAACGGGAAAUGUGAAUGUGAUAAUUGCCACGCGUACAAAUCAUCCUUUAUAUGCGCGCAUGUGAUUGCUGCAUGUCUAAAGAAGUCCAGACUUAUGGACUUUCUUCGCUGGCUUGUUACAUCCAAGCGCAAAACAGGCGGUGUCAAUUAUAGUGAGGCUAUUUCGUUUGGUAUGCCAAAAGGAAGAGGAAGAAAAGGCGAAGCGGCACCUAGAAAGCGCAGCAAUCGCAAAGUUACCAAACAGUCUGUGACGGUACAGAGAGUACCUACUGAAAAUACCCAGCAGGUUCAACCAACUUCACCCACCAGUCCAUCGACACAAGUCCUUCCACCAAACGCACCACAUAUCGAACCACGACAACCACAACCCCGAACAUUUCCUACACAACCGUUACCACAACAGAUCGCAAAUUCUCAGGAAAUGACAAAUUUCGUACAAAACCAGUACCAGUAUCCAAGACUUCCUUAUCUGUCGCCAGCGCCGAAUACAUUCACUCUAUACUUCCUGCACUACUGUCCACCAUUAACCUCGCGCUGUUUUGGCUGUGGAAACCCCCUCAGAAAUUCUGGUGUAAUCAAUGAUCCUUCGGGUGAACUUGUCAUCGUCUCACACAUGAUGCGGGAGUGGAUGCAUGGCGGUCAGUGG